CCUAGAAAAAGGGCACUUCUCUCUCUCUCUCUCUCUGUGUCUCUCUCUGUCUUUCUCUCACUCUCUCUCCCCUUCUGCCUUUCCCUCUCACCCGGAAGUUCCUUCACAUGACUCAACACUUUCCGGUCAGGAUGCAGCCAGCAGCUCCCAAAGACAAAAAACGGGGUGCUCAGGCCCACAAGGAAGGUGAAAAAGACCCAGAGUAUGAGAAUAUCAACUUGGCCUUCCGAAACCGAGAGCAACAGAAGGGUGGUCACCUGACACCCAAGAAUCAGAAUCCAGGUCCAUCCAGGGCCCCCUCAAACUCAGCCAUGGUGCCCCACUGGUUGCACCGAGCUAUCCUGAGCCUCUACGUAAUCCUGGCCCUGACAUUCCUCUUUUGUAUCAUCCUGUCAGCGUUGAUCCUGAUGCAGAAUUCCAACAUGUCCAAGGAGCUGAAUGGUUUGAGGAUGGAGCUGUCCAAUGUUUCCAACUGGGUCCGGGAGUGCCAGACAGAGCAACAACAGGGCUGGGGUAACACCCAGAAGCAGGUCCAGGAUGCCAGGAAUGACAUCAGAGGGGUGAAUGGCAAAGUGGAAACUACCUCCAUGAAGCUGACGGAACUGAAGUCAGAAAUAAACAAAGUUCAGUCUAGUCUGGAGACUGUCAAGCAGAAACUGGAAGAGAGGAUAAAUAAACCAGCCUAAUGGAUGAAGACACGGAGUGGGAGGAAGCUGUGAUGGGCUUCUUCGCCUCUCUCACUGAAGAUGGAAAACAAGGGGGGGGGGAAGACCCCUAAUCCUUCAACUCCUCAGCUCCAGAACCCCCAUGUGG